AUGGCUGGGAGAAAGUCUAAAAUUGACAAGGAUGAACUAUUUAAACUUCUAAACACUUUUAAGACGGAAAUUGUCAACGCUCUGGGCAAAAGUACUGAUCCACUAUGGAAAUCUCUAUGUGGGAGAUUAGACAACAAAAUUUCACCAUCCGGAUUAUAUUUAAUUAUACAAAAUAACCGUUACAAUUGUCAUGACAUUUUACAACUCGAUAAAAAUGAAGUUCUUUCAGAAUGUUACGACUCUGAUGAUUCUACGACCACACAGACUUUACAGCAGUCAAAUACAUAUGAUUUAAACACGGAAAAAACUUUAGUACUUGAUUUUAAUACUUGGUCGUCUUUGCUAUCUCCUGAUAAAUCAUCUUUGAAAAGUGGUUGGACUCAUGUCUUUUUUGAUCAUAUCACGUCACAACUGAAAACAUCUUGUGUUUGGAUGUUCAAAAGGCAUGCAUUAAAUUCUACUGAUCUCGGCUGUUACUUCAAAUGUCAAGGUUAUUGUGUUGAAUGUAAAGCGUCAAUAAAUGUUUGGUGCUCAAAAAAACCUCAACAUUUUGAAAAUGUGACAUUAAAUUUAAAAAUGGACGAUGUGAAUGAGCAAAAACAUUCCUAUCUUAAGAAAAGACCAUUGUCUGGACCAAAGAGAGAAGAUAUAUCAAAAAGACUUUGUGAUGGGAAAAUAGCAGUUAAUUGGAGGAGAGAAAACAUUUCGGAGUAUUCAUCUAAUCGUUGUCUUUAUUCUUUAGAAGUCUUGAGGAUGGCUAGAAAAGAAUUUAAAGAAAAAACCGAGUUCAAAGAUGUUUCACCGAAUUUAUCGGGCUUAGAUUCAUUACUUAACAUGAAGUAUGAAGAACAUUUAUACACAAUUAUUCAUAAAAUUGGAUUAGACCCAUUUUAUGUAUUUUAUUGGACACCUGCUCAAACUAUAAUAUUUAAUGAAUACGUAAAAAAUGAAAAUAUGAGCAAGCUAUUCAUUGAUGCUACUGGGUCAAUAUGUCAAAGAAUAGAACGACCCAAUAAAAACAAAUCUUCUCACAUAUUUUUAUACCAAGGUGUUAUACAUUCGGGAACUAUCAGUGGCCAGUUGCCCGUAACUCAAAUGUUGUCGGAAUGUCACAAUAUUAAUCAAAUAACACAUUGGUUAUCAGAAUGGUCAGCUAAUAUCAAAAUUCCAAAAAUAAUUGUAUGUGACCAUUCAAUGGCAUUGUUGGGAGCUAUUGCAAGAUCAUUAGCAGGAGAAAUCAACUUGAAAUCGUACAUGGAUAAGUUAUUUUCAGUGGCAACCUUUCAAUCGAAUAUGAAUGUGAAAACAUUCAUUCGGAUCGAUUAUUCACAUGUAAUGAAAUUUUUGAGUAAUUGGAAAUGUUUUAAUGGAAAGGAAACAACUGUGAAAAAAUUCUAUCUUAAACUCAUGUCCAGACUAAUCAUGUGCACUUCUUUAAAAAGUGCUGAAGGCCUAAUUGAAAGUAUUUUAAUUACGUCAAAUAGCAUAUUUGAAGGCCACGAUGAAAAAAAUAAUGAACUUGCAAGUGAAACAGCAAAAUUAUACUUGAAACAAUCAAUAGCAGGAAUGGAUGAAAUUUGUGUAAGUGAUGAUGAUGAUGAUGAUGAUGACCUGAUCUUGUUCCAAGACAUUCCCAAUGACGAAAAUGAAGACGGGUGUUUAAAAACAUGGAUUGACUUCAUAAAAGAAAAAUCGACGUUAAAUUACGUUAUUUCGUCAAGCAAUUGUAUCUAUGAAAAAGAGUAUUUCCAUUAUUUACCUGACUUUUCUACUUCGUUGCUCAAAUUACUGAGAACAUAUCCAUUAUGGUCAGCGAUAAUGAUUAAACAUUUUAAUAUAACUGAAUUAACGGCAUCGUCAUCUUCUGUAGAAAGCUACUUCAACGAUUUAAAAAACCGAUCUUUUUAUAACGACAAUCUUCCUCUCCGUGUUGAUAAAUUUGUUUGUAAGCACAUCAAAGAAAUAGACGGAAUGUUGAAAAUAGCAAAACAUGAUCAAAUAUUUACAAAAAAAAUUGAAAUUUCUGAUGAGGCGGAAAUCAUAAUAUCUAAACCAAAUACAAACGAAGAAGAAAUGUUAAAAAACAAAACAGUAGUAUUAUCGGAACUUUUUUCAAAAGAAAAAUGUGACAACACUGAAACUAUUGACAUGGAGUAUAUUGCACCUUCAAAAGUCAAUGAAAACUGGAAGGGGUUGGCUGAGAAAAAUAAGGGAAGAUCUUAUUAUGCUGCACCAAAUCCAGAUAUUAUGCACAAUGAACACCCAAAAAAAAUUGAAAUUCCUGAUGAGGUGGAAAUCAAAACAUCUAAACCAAAUACAGACGAAGAAGAAAUGUUAAAAAAAAAAACAGUAGUAUUAUCGGAAUUUUUUUCAGAAGAAAAAUGUGACAACAUUGAAACUAUUGACAUGGUGUAUAUUGCACCUUCAAAAGUCAAUGAAAACUGGAAGGGGUUGGCCGAGAAAAAAAAGAAGAGAACAUCUUAUUAUGCAACACCAAAUCCAGAAAUAAUGCACAUUGAACACACAAAAAAAAUUGAAAUAGCAUUAAUAAAAAAUGGAAAUUUUGAAAAUAAAACAAAAACGACAAAAUUAAAUGGUGAGUCUAUAAUAUUAACAAAUACUUGUCCAUAUGACUCUAUUAUUCAAGCUAUAUCAUGUGCAUAUAUUGAUAGCCAAGAUUACAGUAAGCACGUCGAUACUGUAUUUGAUUCGGUUGUUAUUUACCGUAUUAUAAAAUAUUUAAUUACCGAGGGCUACUCAAAAAAUUUUAAAUUAGAACGUGUUGAUUUACUUAAAAAUAUUUGCCCAUCAGAAACUCUAGUCAAUAAUGUGAUUUCAAUUAACUGUUCAGGAAGUAUUUCAACGGCAUAUGAAAAAAUCUGCAAAGGACUGGAAAGUGUAAUAGAAUAUUAUAAAUGUAGUAAAUGCAGUUUUGAAUGGAACAAUAAAAAAAAAAUAAAAAAAAAAAAAAAACAGUACGUGUUAGACCUCCGACAGUUCAACACGUGUGUUAUCUCCGCGAUUGUGCGUUUUAUAGCUCUCGAUAGCAUUGCAGUAUUAACACACCGGCGACUGAUUAAAAGGUAA